AUUGUCUCGUUCUUCCCCAAAUUUUCUUAAACAAAGAUCAAAACUUUUUUGGUAUUACAAAUCCAAAUGGACCCCGACAUUUCGCGGUGGCUUGCGGAAUUCCAACUCCGGAGUUCCGCCCCCGACUCCGUCGUCGCCGACUUCCUUAAGUCCCUUAAUCUCUCCAAACCCGAUAACAAACUUAAGAAAACCCUCCUCCUCCGCAUCCUCCAAUCCGAAAUCACCAAUGCCUCAAUCACCGAAGAGGCUCUUGAGGUACUCGAGGAAAUUGAAGCCAUUGACGGAAACGACGCCGUUCCGCUCCUCGAUUUCAUGCGCACAGCCUACUGCGCCAUCGCCGUCGAAUGCACAGUCAAGUACCUCUCCGCCACCUCCGACGGCGUUCCCAGCAAGGAGUACUUAGCCGCCAUGGCGCGUAUCUGGUUUGGGCGCGUGCUGAAAUUGGAACAUAGCCGGAGCAAGCUGUUCUCUUACGAGCUUGCACAGUGGAUGGAGAACAUCGAGGCUGCAGUUGUUGACACCGAGAUUUAUCAGAGGUUGGCGAAGUUGAAUACGCGGUACGAUGCGUUUUCCGCGGUUAGGGUUUAUCUGCAGAAAGUUUGGGAAACGAUGGGACCUUGUUUUCUUGACACGUUAGCGGAAAUGACAUUUAAGGGCAUGAAGAAAGAAUCGGCAAGUAGUGUUUUGUUGAUGGAGGGUGUGGGGUUGAAUGGUGGACAUGAGGGGAAGGAACAGUUGGAGGAGAGAGCUGAAGGUUCUGUUGAUGGAACCCAGGAGCCUGCAAAGGGGGAAAAGGCAAGCCAGAAAGGUGAUCCUCAACUUAAACGCAAGCUCCCUGCAUUUCUUAGAUGCCAUAGAGGAGUUAAUAAAUCUAUUGCUGAGGAAUUGGGAACAGAACAUUCAGGGAGCAAAAAUGGUACCGAGUUUAGUGCUGAAGUUAAAGUAGCUGAGGAAUCUCUUCCUGAGGCAUUGAAUGUAUCUGAUGCUGUUGGAUUGAAACUUGCACAGAAAGGUACAAAUCAAGAAGGACCCAUGGAAAACAUGAGUGUGGAUGUAGAUGUGCCCAACUUAAAUACUUCCAGGGCUAUUGUUCUUUUUCAACCUAACAAUGCCGAUCAUGAGAAGAAGUCUUCUGUUCAUCAUAGUAGAGUUCAAGUUCAAUGUCCCAAUUUAAUGGAGGAGAACAAUACUGCUCAUGAAAGCUCCAAUUUGAUGGAGCAAAACAGCACUGCUCAUGAAAUCCCCAAUUUGAUGGAGCAGAACAGCACUGCUCAUGAAAUCCCCAAUUUGAUGGAGCAGAACGGCACUGCUCAUGAAAUCCCCAAUUUGAUGGAGCAGAACGGCACUGCUCAUGAAAUCCCCAAUUUGAUGGAGCAGAACAGCACUGCUCAUGAAAGCCCCAAUUCGAUGGAGAAGAACAGUACUACUCGUAGGUAUAAGAGGGAUAAUUCAAAAGAUAAUCCUACUGGAGUGCAACUAAGAAGGAAGCAAAGAAGAUGGUCUCCAAUGGAAGAGGACGCACUAAGAAUUGGUGUGGAAAAGUUUGGCUCAGGAAACUGGAAAGCAAUUCUGAGUUUUUACAGUAACAUAUUUCAAGAUAGAAAAGCAAUUGAUUUGAAGGACAAGUGGAGAAAUCUGAUGCGGUAAUGAAUAGUGAAUACUGAUGCAGAUGAAUUUUUUGAGCAUGCAGAUGUCUUAGGGAGGACAUGUUCUUUUGCAGCAGCAUAUCCUUUGGAACCAUCUCUAGUUGUCUUCACCUCUAUUUUGCAUUUUGUCCCACCAUUCUAACAUUGUGUUUACAUAGUUGAUAACAUUCAAACACCAGGUUUUAUAAUGUGCAAGAGAAUGCAAACAACGAAUUUAGUUAUCAAUAACAUUUUGUUGAUAUAGAUAUAUAUAAGUAACAACUAUUGGAGUGUACAUACAAAUCCAUUGCAAUGUCCAUAUAAUAGAAUCAGAACUACUGAUUAUGCUUUCAGUAUGUCUUUUAUGACCUGAUUGGACCAACUUGAUAUUAUUGUCCUAUGCAAUAACUUUUUUUUGUUGA